GCGCGGCAGCAGUUCACCUCGAUCCACCGCGCGCAGUCCUGCUUUGUAUGUACGUUAGCUAAAUCGUUCCAGCUUCCUUCCUCCCGCUCAUUUCGAUCCUUUCAUCAAACCCAAGCACAAAAAAUGGCCGCACCUCACGCCCCUGCCGUCGCCGCCAACGGCGCGCCUUCCGCCGGCCUCCUGCCGCCGCGGCGCCCUGCACCGUGCAGCGCCGUCCCGCUGCCGUCGAUGAGGAGCAGCAGCAGGACCGCUCCUGCAGGGCGGGUGCGCGCGGUCGGCGACGUGGCGGCGGAGGGCAACACGUUCCUCAUCGCCGGCGCCGUGGCAGUGGCCCUCGUCGGCACCGCCUUCCCCAUCUUCUUCUCCCGCAAGGACACGUGCCCCGAGUGCGACGGCGCCGGGUUCGUGCGCAAGUCCGGCAGCACGCUGCGCGCGAACGCGGCGAGGAAGGACCUGCCGCAGAUCGUCUGCGCCAACUGCAACGGCCUCGGCAAGCUCGGGCAGGUCGACAAGUAGUAGAGUCAUCUCCGACACAAAACAUGCACCCGCUGAGUGGAUCUUCUUCUUUGUCGCCAUCACCGACCCUCUCCCUCUGUCUGUAGAACGCAUGAAUGUUACAGGAAUGAAUUGAUCUGGCUACUUGCAAAACUCGGCUUGCAUGCAAGAUGCACCGGCUAGAGGCACUCCUGUAAAAUUCAUGUGUUUGCACAGAAGCCUCGUUCACUUGUGUUUGUUGAUCUUUGUUGGUUAAUCUGUGUAAGUGUUCCAAUGUACGUGGUGUUAAUAUGACGUGUGUUCCGGCCUAUAUAUGUAUAGAUACAUGUUUUGUGUUGUUUCA